AUGGAGCAGAGAGACGGGAACCCCUCUGAGGAUGGGACCACUGUCUCCCCAACUGCAGGGACUCUUGGGACGCCAGGAAGUCAGGGCACUGCAAAGAAGGUGGCCGAAGGCACGGUUGGGACGAGUGACAAAGAAGAGCCUCCAGUUGGAGCAGAACAUUUGUGUGAAGCAGCGUCUGAGAGUGGUGCGUCAGAGAGGUCACCCGGGGAAGCCAGCGUAGUAGAUGAGCUCAAGCCAGACUCGCAAGGGGAGGCCAGAGGGAAGGAGGAGGCCAAGGCUAGCCUUGCUGAGGAGGAAGGUGGGAAGGAAGUCGCCACAGCAGCUUCUCAGGAAGACACUGGUAAGAAAGAAGAAACAAAACCUGAACCCAAUGAUGUUAGGGAGAAAAAAGAGAUCAUGCUGGCCUCGGAGAAGCAGCAGGUUGAUGAGAAAGAGACCAAUCUAGAAUCUAAGGAGAAAUCGGAUGUGAUUGAUAAGGCCGAGCCUGAAUCCAAGGAGGAUGCUGGAGCAGAGGUUACUGCCAACGAGGCUGAGACUGAAUCUCAGAAGAAGGCUGAUGUGAAAGACCAGGCCAAACCCGAGCUUCAGGAAGUUGAUGGGAAAGAGACUGGAAGUGACUCAAAGGAGCUGGUGGAGCCAGAGAGUCCCACUGAAGAGCAGGAGCAGGGUAAGGGAGAUGAAUCAGAAGAAAGGGCUUCGGUGAUUCCUAGCUCCCCCGAGGAGUGGCCCGAGAGUCCCACAGACGAGGGGCCCAGCCUCAGCCCAGAUGGGUUGGCUCCAGAGUCUACAGCAUCUGGAGAGACCAGUCCUUCACCCAGUGAAUCUUCACCCAGUGAGGUGCCAGAGAGUCCCACAGAGCCCCAACCCUCGGAGAAAAAGAAGGAUCGGGCACCAGAACGCAGGGUGUCGGCUUCCAGCCGGCCCCGGGGACCCCGUGCACAGAAUCGGAAGGCCAUCAUGGACAAAUUUGGAGGGGCAGCCUCCGGCCCCACUGCACUGUUCCGGAACACAAAGGCAGCCGGGGCGGCCAUUGGUGGUGUUAAGAACAUGCUUUUGGAGUGGUGCCGGGCCAUGACGAGAAACUACGAGCACGUGGACAUCCAGAACUUCUCGUCCAGCUGGGGCAACGGCAUGGCCUUCUGUGCCCUCAUCCACAAGUUUUUCCCAGAAGCUUUUGACUAUGCAGAGCUGGACCCAGCCAAGCGCCGGCACAACUUCACCCUAGCUUUCUCUACUGCAGAGAAGCUAGCGGACUGUGCCCAGCUGCUGGAUGUGGACGACAUGGUGCGGCUGGCAGUGCCCGAUUCCAAGUGCGUCUACACCUACAUCCAGGAGCUAUACCGUAGCCUUGUGCAGAAAGGGCUGGUGAAGACGAAAAAGAAAUGAAUGGCAAAGCCAUGCGGGAGGAGGAAGCGGGGGCCCAGCUGCCAACCGUCGCCUCGGGGUGCUUUUGCCGCACC